AGAGUGUAGCCGUUUUGGCUCAAGCCAGUUUGGCUCAAGUGGUUUCCUCGGCCCAACCAAUUACAGACUGCGCUGUAAGUUCCGAGCGCGCGAAACGUUUGAAUGCUUGACCUCUCGCACCUUCUCGCUGCCUGCCUUGUUGCACUCCCAGGUCGCAGCGCCGCUCUGGAGGUGGAGUUCGCGCCAGACCUCAGCUCAUACCGCGUGGCGCACGCCGGCUUCCCGCUCUUCGUUGCAGAGGGGGGCAUCGCGGUGUUCUGCGACGGCGCCUGGCACAGCCAGUCUCAGGGCUCGCUGCAGCUUGUCGGCCAGGUGCCCGUCUUCGGCACGGACGGCCAGCUCGGAGAUUACACGGGCAGCGAGCUGACCUGGAGGGCCGGCGGCACCAGGCUGGUGACCACUGCUUGGACGUACAAAACGGGUCGCGACGUGGCAUUCCAGUAUGCUUUCCCGGAUGGCGCCGCCGGCACAUCUACGGUGGAGCUCGCAGGCACCGACAGUUCCGAGGUCAUCGUGAACUUCCCUGCGUUUACUCGCGUGUCCUUGGCCAAUACGCUGUCUUGGGAGGGCAGCUUCGUUCAAGGAAAAUUGGAUCAGUGGUCAACAGGCCCGAGGGGCGGGCCGACUGUUUUCUUCAACAGCUCGGAUCCAGAGUUGAGAACCGUAGUAGUUGCAAGUGCCCUCGAUAAUUUCAAGGCGACAUCUGCUGGACCUGGGAGGACCUGGAAUGGCACGCGGGCGUGGGUGCCUGGAACACCUGGCACAAUUGUCAGCCUUCCCAAAGGGUGGACCCAGACAUUCUUGCUGCACUUGGGGGCAUCAAGGGGCAUCACUGCUGCGAUCGGUGAGUGGGGUGAACUGCUACAAGCAGUGCACAGGACUCGGAAGUUGCAGGACGUGACGUUGGACAAAAUCGGUUAUCAGACUGAUAACGGUGCCUACUACGUGUUCUGUCGAGGCAAUUGCUCCGACUUCCUUUUGAAAAAGACGUCGGAGCUUACGAAGCUUGGUGUUCCCAUGGGGUACCUAUCGUUCCAAGGAUCAGGGGCAUCUUCCUUGUCGAAAUCGACGGGUGCAGACCGCUUUGAAGGAGGCGCACCAUGGUGUGUCAACACGUGGGGUGUCGAUGGAGGCCUCGGCGGGCAGUACCCGCUGCCUCUGCCAAGCUUUCAUAAAGCGUUGGGCUUGCCCCUGCAGCUCUACGCGCCAUACUUCUGCCCAUCGUCCGAGUACUUCAACGCCACUUCCCAGUGGACCUCUGUGAAGAGUGAUGCAAGCGUCUGUCCAGGUUAUGACUUUCAAGACGUCGCACCGCACCAAUCCCGCGCCUUCUACGAUUGGUUUUUUGCCAAGGGGUUGACGGUCGGCAUGGUGUCCUUCGAGCCAGACUUCAUGAACCAGAACUAUAAUUGUGUACCCGCAUUUACGCGAUCGGCCACCAAUGCCACCAUAUGGCAGCAUGGCAUGGCCGAUGCCGCGUUGGCAAAGAACUUGUCCAUCCAGUGGUGCUACGCCGCUCCGACUGACGUGCUUGCGUCCCUGAAAAUGCCAGCCGUGACCAACUUCCGUGUCUCCACUGAUUUCUGUUAUGGCAACAGCUGGGAUGUGGGAGUCUCCUCGCUGCUCGUGUGGGCUGUCGCCGCAGCACCCUCGAAAGACACGCUGUGGACUUCCGACAAUGGCCGCUUUCAGGUCGCCGGCUGCCCAUGGACUCCCGACCACGAAAAUCCUGGGACAGAGUUGCACGUCGUCUUGGCGCUGAUGACCACAGGCCCAGUGGGAAUCUCGGAUGGCAUCGGCUUCACCAACGCCCGCUUGAUCAUGCGGACGAUGCGGGCAGAUGGCAUGUUACUAAAGCCAUCGAAGCCGGCGACGAGCGUGGACUCUUCCUUGGCUCGGAGCCCUCGCAGUCCACCAGGCGUUGUGUAUUCGACGUUCUCCGGCAGCAGCAAGCAGGAGGUGAUGGCGCACUACUUCGUGUCCUUCAUGAUGAAGACGAAUUGGACCAUAGCGGCCGACGACUUCUACCCACCCCUGCGGGCUGGAACCACUUACGUGUACCGCCGCUUCCGUGACGGAGCCCGCUGUACAAAUGGCACCGCAGGAGCCCUGUGUGUGGCCACACUCUUGGGCAGCGGUGAUGUUUCAAAGCUGGCCCUACCUAUCCCCAAGUCUGACUGGAGCAACACCACUGGUGGCACCAACUAUGCGCCGAUUGUCAUCACAGUUUUCCCAGUUUGCGCUUCGGGGUGGGCAUUGCUCGGUGAUCUUACUAAGUACGUCGCUGUCUCAACGGUGCGCUUCCAGAACGUGGUCUGCACAGCCAAGGGCAUCUCGGCCGUGGUGCUAGGGCUGCCUGGCGAGAUUGUAACGGUCACCUUCUUGAAGCCUCACGGCGAAUCCACAGUGGCAUCUGAGUCUCUCGAGUUGACCCUUGCCAUCCCAUCUCACGGCUCCGCGUCGCUCGACCUGCCGAGGGGGCCGAGCGACGUGCAGGUCCUGGUCUGAGCAGCGCCUGCUUCCACGCCCCGAGCCUCGCCUGCGCGCGCACUCCUGCGCUCCCUGUCGCCCCUUGCGGGCCAGAGCCCCCUCGUCGCCGUCGUCACCGACCUCGUCGGCGUCGUCGUCGGCGGCGUCGCCGUCGUCGUCGGCGUCGUCUGCGUCGCCGGCGCGCCGCAGACGACGCCGCCGACGCCGUGGCGUCGUCGUCGCCGCCGGGCCAAACAACGGCAGCCCGCUCCACCCAAAAGCGGUACCCAGAGCCGCUGCCCCAGGUUGCGCAGCACGGCACCGUCGCCGAGCCGCCUCGCGCGGAGGAGGGGCGGCGCAUGCCUAAUGAGCGCCUUCGAUAGCGGUCCCCGACAGUCAUGCUCGCCGCUCCGCGCGGGGCACGUGAAAUAGUCCGAUACAUGCACAUAUCUAUAUAUGUAUAUAU